AUCCUACGUCAUUGAGGUGUUAUUUUUGAUAUAAAUGUUACUGGGCUUCGAUGUUAUUUAUAACGAUACGUUUGACUUUUAAGAUUUAGUAAUGCAAAAUAUUGUUUAAUUCUUUCACAACCAUUAGAUAAUCUUAGGGGUUAAGUGACCUGUGUCGCACAGUGACCAGCACAAUAAUUUUGAUCGAAUCUGUUGACAAUCCUAUAUAAUUUUUAUUAUGGUAGUCAAAGAUACUUCAUUUAGUUUCGUCUUGGUGUAACGUUGUGGGUAAAUAACAAUUAAACUGAAACAAUGGCCCCCCCGGGUAUCGGGAAUUCGGUGGAGAUCCGCCCCGAGGCGACAGCAUCGUCGGCAGAGAGGAGCAGUAGCAACGGAGUCGCUACAUUCCAAAAGGACAUCGUCGUUUUGGAUGGGGGCUUCGCUACUCAAUUAGGCUGCCACGUCCAACAACCGAUUGAUGGAGACGUCCUAUGGAGUUCCAGGUUCUUGGCCACCAAUCCAGAGGCUGUUAUUGAUACUCACUUAGAUUUUCUCAGAGCUGGUGCGGAUGUAAUUAUUACUAACACAUAUCAAGCAGAUGUCAACUUGUUUGCCAAACAUCUCAAUAUGACCAAAGAAGAAGGAUACAACUUAAUAAAAGACUCAGUGAAGAUGGCCAAAACAGCUGUUGAAAGAUAUUUAAAAGAAUAUCCGGAAGCAAGAAAACCUCUUAUAGCUGGUUCAGUGGGUCCUUACGGAGCUUCACUACAUGAUGGUUCGGAAUACACAGGAGCCUAUGCGAAAACUACUUCGGCAGAAACCAUGAGAGAAUGGCACGGGCCCAGAAUAAAAGCCUUGGUGGAAGGAGGAGUUGAUCUCUUAGCAAUUGAAACUAUUCCGAAUGCAGUUGAAGCUGAGAUGUUGGUCCAGUUAAUAAAAGAAGAAUAUCCUAAUGUUAAAGCGUGGCUUGCUUUUAGUGUAGCGCAAGACGGAAAAUCAAUAGCCUACGGAGAAGACUUCAAAACAAUCGCCCGAAAAUGUUAUGACUCCAAUCCUGAGCAAUUAGUAGCCAUAGGAAUCAACUGCACGGCCCCACGACUAAUCGAACCCCUUCUCACCGGGAUAAAUGAUGAUAGAAAAGACAACCCCCGACCACUUAUUGUCUACCCUAACAGCGGAGAAAGUUACAAUGUCGAACUCGGGGAAUGGUCCCAAUCUUCAUUGACGGACGGACCAAGGGAUGAUUCCAGAUGGCAUAACCGAGAAAACUGCGAGCCAGUAGACACAAAUAUUCACAAAUGGUUAGAUCUGGGAGUCACGUGGGUCGGAGGCUGCUGUAGAACCUACGCCGUAGAUGUCACAAGAAUACGCGACCAAGUGCAGUUAUGGAAGGAGAAACAGUAGCUAAACGUUGAAUUUAUAUUUUAAUUUUUAUUUUUAAUAAAAUAAAUUCUCACUAAUUGUAAAAAAUAUUUUUAGGUAGACAAAAAUGUUUUUACGAAUACCUGCCUGUUAAAAGUUUUGAGAAAACUGUUUUAUCCUUUUAA